CUAAAUGUUGAUUUAAUAUCUCAGCGCAGUUGUUUAUGUUUAAUCCACCUUCUAUUUCUGUGAAUUUAACAAUUGCAUCCAUAUUUUGAUAAUGAUUUUUAUUACUAAUGUCUUAUUUCCAUCAUCAAUAGCAUUAUUAAUAUAAACAGAUUUUUUUUUUAAUCUCGUAACGUGCUCACAUAAGUCUCUAAAACAUGUGUGAUGAUCAUAGUGUGAAUCUUAGCGAAGAUGAAGAAGAUAUAGAAAAUGGAUUUACUCAACCAGAAUUGCAUGGAACUCUUAGUAAAUGGACAAAUUAUAUCCAUGGUUGGCAAGAUCGCUACAUAGUUUUAAAAGAUGGUACUCUAGCUUAUUACAAAUCGGAGGAUGACACAGCUUAUGGCUGUCGUGGUGCUAUAAGUAUCUUUAAAGCUGUUAUCAAACCUCAUGAAUUUGAUGAAUGUAGAUUUGAUGUUAGCGUUCAUGAUUGUGUUUGGUAUCUGAGAGCUGAAACUCCUGAAGAAAGGAAUCGAUGGGUUGAAACAUUAGAAGCCUAUAAGGUAAUUUAUAAGGGGGAUUCUGCAUAUGGUAGUGAAAAUAGUCUAAGAAGGCAUGGCUCUGCUGUAUCUGUAGGCUCCACUAGUUUAUCAAAUGCAAGCAUAACAUCUUUUAAGAAGGCUAGAGGAUUAAGAGUCAAGCUUGCUGAAAUGGAAACAUUCAAGGAUAUAUUGUGUAGACAAGUAGACACUUUGCAGAGUUAUUUUGAUGUAUGCGCUGAAAUGCUAAAAGAUGAAGGCCACAAAGAUAAUGAUGUUCAUAUGGAUGACAUUGAUGAAGAUUAUGAUGAAAAUGCUGGUGAUAUAGCUAUAGCAGAUCAUAAGAUUGAAUCUCCUGCACAUAGAUUUAAAGGACAUUCAACUCUUGUUACAAAAGAAUUGCUCGCUCAACAUGGAGCACAUGCAGUAGAUUUCAGAGGUGAAGCAAUUACAUUUAAAGCAACAACUAGUGGUAUUUUAAAUACUUUGUCCCAUUGCAUUGAACUUCUUUCUCAAAGAGAAGAAAACUGGAAAAGAAGAUUAGAAAAGGAGGUAGAAAAAAGAAAGAAAUUGGAAGAAGCUUAUAAACAGGCAUUAUCAGAAGUAAAAUCUAUUAGACCUGUUGUUUUAGGUGGACCAGAUUAUGAAGAGGGUCCACAUUCUAUGAUUAAUGAAGACGAAUUCUUUGAUGCUGUGGAUGCAGCUUUAGACAGAAGUGAACAGCAGGAGGAAGAGAAGGUUCAUAAAGAUUUAUUGAGACUAAGUCGAAGCUAUAAUUUAGAAACCAAAAGUCCUAUGUCUCCGUCAAUUGCAUUGAAUCAUCCUCUGUGGCCUGAGAUUGAUGAUAUUACUUUGGAGCAAUUGAAAUAUGCCAAAAUGGGUGUAGGAGAAGGCGGAUGGCAACUUUUUGCAGAAGAUGGUGAAAUGAGGAUGUACCGUAGAGAAGUAGAAGAAGGUGGUAUUGUGUGUGAUCCUUUAAAAGCUGUGCAUACAGUUAGGGGUGUCACUGGACAUGAAAUGUGUCACUAUUUCUUCUCUCCAGAAUAUCGUUUUGAUUGGGAAACAACUGUUGAAAAUAUGAAAGUUGUUGAAGAAAUAUCUAGCAACACUUUGAUUUUCCACCAAAUCCAUAAAAGAGUAUGGCCUGCUACUCAGCGAGAUGCUUUGUUUUGGUCUCAUAUGCGUCAAGUACCAAAUGAUGAAGAUAAGGAUGCACAUGACAUAUGGAUUGUGUGUAAUAAUUCUACAGAGCAUGAUUCAACUCCGGUUGGCAAGUGUGUGCGCUUAAUAAUGACAGUAUCUUUAGUUUGUCAAACAUUUGUGGACCCUCCUACAGAAAACAAAGAAAUUAGCAGGGAAAAUCUCACUUGUCGGAUUACAUAUUGUUCUAGCAUAAACCCUGGAGGUUGGGCUCCAGCUUCUGUUUUGAGAGCAGUUUACAAGCGAGAAUAUCCAAAGUUCCUAAAGCGUUUUACACAGUAUGUAAAAGAUAUGACAGAAAAGAAGCCCAUAAUGUUCUAAUUACUUUUUCAUUAUCAAGUGUGCCUAAGAACAUGUAAAGUUUUAGAAGAGAUAUAAAAUAAAUUUUUUUAAAGGAGUUUAAUAUGGGAGUUGAAGUGUGCGAAGCUGAUAAAAUAAAUUUAUAUCAAAAUGUAAAUCAAAUAACAUAAUUGUUAAUUGAUUUUAAGCAAUCAAUUUGAUAAAAAAAAAUGCAAGUUUUUGAGUGGCAUGUUGCACUAAAGUUUCUGUACAUAAGGACUGCACGGGUAACACAGUACAUUUCUAAACAGGUUUUAGUAUUUUAAAUAUGCUUCCAAUAUAUGUUGCUAGUUUUUACAAUAUUUAAAUACAGAUAUCACUUUAAUAUGUAAUGGGGUUUUUUUAUUAAUUAAUUAAAUUAAGUAAUUAAAUAAACCAAGUUUGAUACAAAAGAAACUUACAGAAUCAUCUUUUAAUGAUAAUCAGAAGUUGUAUAGUUUUUUGCUAUUCAAUGCAUUAUUUUCUAUGGGACUAGUUUUGAAAAUGACAUAUCAUUACUUCAGUGAGAUAAUGUACUGAUAAACAGUAUUUAAACAUUUAUUGUCACUAAAAAAUUCAGUCAUUCUAUAAUUAAAUGAUUGUCAAAGUUACAGUUCAUUUAUUUGCACUUAUGAAUUAAGGCUCCUUCAGGAUUGUUAUAUCUAUUUUCUUGCUGGUAAUAUCCAAAAUUACUUCUGUCAUUUUCAAUUGGUUAGAAAUGAAUAAUGUUCCUAAGCCUGUGAAAAUUUAAAUUUCUGUACUUCUAUUGAGCAAAAGUUAGAUGUUCAUAAAAAUUUGUUAGAUGUCUCUACUUAAAACAACUUCUUAUAGAUGCAUUUAUAAACAAAACAAUCUGUAGCUACUCUGCAAAGUCAUGUUUUUCAGUUAUAGUUCAAAUAAAUAGGUUUAGCAGUUUAAAAAGAAUAAACUGUUAGUUUCUUUUGUAAUUUUUUUAAAUUUAAACUAAAAUGUAUAUCAAUAAAUGUUCAGCACCUUGCACUUAUUUAAUGAAAUCCCCCUGUAUUUACGUGACUCCCUAUUUUAAGCUUCUUGUUAUUGAUGUGAUUGCCUUUAAAGGAUUUAUUGGAGUUCAUUUUGUUCUCCAUAAAUGCCAAUGAAGAUUGUGUAUGCGUGCAUUGCCGCCAUCCAAAACAAAGUACUAUUAUAUUUUGAAACAAAGUGUUUAAAUUAACUUUUUUACAUGUACAAUCUCUUUAGUGUUGGAACAUUUUAAUUAAAAACACCAUUUACUUAAAAACUUGUUAAUGCAAUGGAUUGAAUAAUGUUUUUAAGACAGUGUGUUGAUGUUUUGUAAAAAAAAAAUAAACAAUAAUAAUGACAUGUAAUAAUGCAGUGUUGAUGUACAAUAAAUUGUUAAUUGUGCCACGUCAGGCAGCUUUGAAGAUUUGGAAGUUUUUAUCAUUGCUGUGCUUUGCAAUUUUUUUAAAAGCAUUAAUAUUGAUGAGGUAUUUAUUCUUAACUGUACAGUUACUUAGGCCUUAAGAUAAAUGUAUAUAAAAUAUUCGAGCACUAUGGUGCUUCAAGUACUCAAAAAUUGUGAUUAUUUUCUUCAAGUCAUUUUAUAUCUUCUUUCUGGUUUCUAUUUACUUUUCUGAACUUCUUAUUAAUAAUACAGUUUAUUUAGCUCAAAUAAUGGUGGUUGGAAAUGCUUUUUAAGUUUUUAUUAAAUUUUACUCUAAAGGCUUUUUCUUAGUCGACCUAUUUAAAGCAUAGGAUAUAUUGAUAUGAACUCUUAAGUGUUUGCUAAAAUUUUAUACCAAAUAAACUAUUUUCAUUUAAAUAUUAAUACUGAAUUUACACAUAUUUCAACUUUUGUAUAAUAUUUUUCUCCCUUUUUGCUCUUUAAUUUGCAAAUUCUUGAAAAAAUAAUAUUCUUUUUUAGGGUGUGUGGGUCAAUUUUCAUGCUUUUAUCUAUUGAAUUUCCUAAUACCAUUCAUUCUUUUCUAUUUAAAAAUCCCAUUGUCUAACUUAAAAUAUGUUUUGCUUAAGAAACUUGUAUUAAGCAUGCUCAUAUACACCAAAAAUGUUGAAAAUGUUUUGUAUUUUAUGAUAUAAUUAAAUAAAUAGAGAUUAUUAUUUACAGGUUUAAAAGUUUGUUAGUGAUUUGUUUAUAUUAAAUAUUGUAAAUUUAUCUGUACAGUUCCUCAAUUUUUCACUUAUAAGCUCUUUUAUUUUUCCAAAAAGAAAAAAAAAUUGUUCAUAUCUUUGUAUAUUUGUUUUAUAUUGUAUAUCAUUGCCGAAAUCUUAUUUUUUUAUUUUGCUAUUUAUAUUUUAAAUGUAAUUUAUGUUAAUAAAAUAAGUGUUUUUGUCUCCAUUGCUUAAGAAUGUUAAGAUAUGUUUUUUGUUUCUCUGGAUUAAAAAAAAAAAUGUAUAUAGCAAUGAAAUUAUGAAAUCAUUUAAAUUUAUCUUCAUUUUUAAAAUAUAUGCAAUCAUUUAACAAAAAUAUAAAUAAUAAUUGAAAAUGAUUUAUCAGCUUGAAUAUGAUUCACUUGUAUUUUAUAUUUCACAAAUAAAAUUCAUUUUUAUAUUAUUAUACAAUUUGUAGAAUUUUCUAUUUGCCUUUUAGCUCAUUAAAUUAGGUAUGUUGUGUCAUAUUUUCUUCAAUCUUAUUAGAUGUUAAUCAGUUGAUCAUAUUGUGUUCAUAAAGGAUUAUUAUACAUCGUUUUACAAAAAACAAAUAAUUUUAUAUUACCAAAUUGCCCAAUGAAAUAUUUUGUUGUUUUUAUGUAAACAUUCCAUUCUUAUUGUCCAGGAUAUUCACGAUUUUCAAACAACCUUUGGUGUAACUCAUAUGGUAUGCAAUAUGUAAAUGCAGUUUAUGAAUCAAAAUUUGCUGAUGUAGUGAGUAAAUGAUUAUAUUUGUAAAAAAUUUUUAUAAACUUUAAUACACCGUGCAUAUGUUGAUAUGUAUGGUGUAUUAAAGUUUUUUAAAAGAUGUGUUUGUUGUUCCAUCUCUGUUUAUACUCUAUUACUUGACAAAAAAAAAUCAAAGUGAAAUAAAUAUAUAAAAGUCUGUCGUAAUAAUCUUUUAUCAAUGUUUUUGUGUAAUGAAAAAAAGGAAAGAAAAUAUAUAUUCCAUUUUUGGAAAAUAUAAUUAUAAAUUUCCUUUUCUGAAAUUUAAGCAGAGGUGGAAUAAUCAAUUUGUGAUUUACAUCAUGGCUUUAAAAAGCUUGGGUUGUAUUGCAAGUUAUAAAAAGUGUUUGAAUUAUUAUAUGAGCAGUUAUGUAUGGUUCAAAACUAGAUAAAAUUUUGAAAAUUUUA